AUGGAGCCGUUUUGCGGUCAAGCAGUUCAAGUUGUGGUUGUCGGGCAGCGGGGGCACUUCGUCGACUGUGAAGUUUGGCCCAAGCUAAGCCGCCCGCCGCUCUGCCCUGCCCCGCUCAUGGCCGCGGUGCAGAGAAGCCUAACCGAAGGCAUGGAGAUGAAUUUCGAAAGGACGGAUGCGGGCGCGUCGCAGACUUAUCAGCAGCAGGCUGGAUCCAUCACGAGAGGGUCUUAUGUGAUGCUCAAAGGCCAUCCGUGUAAGAUCAAGGAGGUGAGCACCUUCAGUCCGGGCAAGCAUGGGCACGCCAAAGCACAUUUGGUCGGGCUUGACAUCUUUACUGGAAAGAAGUAUGAGGAAACCUCACAGACGUCGCAUAGCAUGGAUGUGCCGGUGGUCACAAAAACGGAGUAUCCGUUGAUGAACCUAAAUGCUGACACUGGUGCUGUCAGUCUGCUUCAAGACAAUGGUGAAUUGAAGAUCGACUUGAACCUGCCCGGAGCUGGUAAGUCCCAUGAAGAGGACACACUCCAGGCUGAUAUUCUGCGGGCUUUUGGUAACGAUUUAUUGAUCACCGUGGUGGUCAUUGCAGCAUGUGGUAUGGAGAAAAUCGUCAGCUUCACGGCCACCGACUAG